CUCCGUUUCCCAAUGUUAGAAAUUGCUAGGCAACUUCAUACGCUAAUAGCAGCAACAGUGGAAAAAACAAAUCUAUCGUCUUGACACGAUGACUUGCAGGAUAGCGUGCGGAGUGUGGCCGUCAGCAAAUUUGAACAAAAGCAAUAAACCCAAAUUGGGAGUCAGUCGAGCGAGUUUGGCCAUCUAGCCAAGGUCCAUAGCGUCAUGCGGUUGAAUGGGGGUGUCCAGCUAAGCUGCUUCGACUUCCCUCCGGACAGUUUUUCUUGUCUGUCUAAGCUGUCUCGUACAUGUGACCGACACGUUGCAAGUGUGUAGAGAGAAAGUACAGGUCCCGAAUGCGACGGAGAUGAUCUCGCUGGAAAAGAUGCAUCGUCUUGAGUGUUAAAAAAAAACAAAGAAGUUUGACCACCCUCUCUCAAUUGUUUUUAGUGGUUCUAAACGACAACACACGUAUCUCUCCCCGGGCAGACAAGAGAAGUCCCGAGAAGGUGUAUUAUGUCGGCAUUACGAACAAAUAUCCAACCACAAGAUUCUUUGCGCUAGCUUCAUCGGACCGGAACUUGGAAAUCGAGUGCCCUCGGCGACUGCGGAAUUUUUUGGGGUCAACGCAACUCUUUUGUCUUUUUCGGCACUUGUUUUAUGUUUCCAGAUAUCCUGCAGUGACAUUGUGGAAGAUAAGUCCGAGACGGUAGUUGUAGAACAAUGAGCUAGAAUAUUUACAAUCCCGCACGGAGGAAGCGGUAGAUGGCGCUUUAACGGGAGUGUAUCGUAUCGUGUGGAGCACGCGCAAAACUCCCCCCGUGGUCCGUUCGUCCUCCCCGCCAAGUGAAUUGAAAUGUUGUAUACAGUGAGAGAACUACAUGCAGAAGAGUUGGAGAAAGUUAUCCGCUAUAGUUGACCGAUCGGAACCCUCUCCGGCCAAGAAGUGAAUCGGCAGCCUGAUCGCAACCACCGUCUUUCUGCUAGUCUUUCACCUAGUUCUAUAUUAAACUUCCAUCAAGGUUUCUCUCCAACCGACGACCUUUACUGCAUUCGUGAUGCGCUGCAUUCUGCUGGGCGGUUUGUGCAUCUUUUGCCUGAUGGUGACCAUUAGCAUCGCCAUCAUCCUCCUAUCUCAGAGUCGGUCCUGUCCGCUGGGAACGUUUCGCUGCCUCGGUAAUGACAGCAUCGGUGAGAUUGGAGUUUGUCUACCCCGUCGUUUGCUGUGCGACGGCCGAUCCGAUUGCCCCGAUAACAGCGACGAGAAUGCUUACAAUUGCUCUGAUAGUCACGGAGAACUACAAUCAUUUAUCAACGGUAAGCCAGCCAAUUCACCCGAAUCCACUACCCCUGCAACCACCAUCUCGCCAUUUGUCAUGGACUGCUGGGCCAAGACCUAUCCGCCCGGAUGCACAUGUCGAUAUCGCACGUGGCUUUUUUGCCUAGAUUUGGAUUUGAUAUCGGUACCUCAAGUGGGAGCCCGCCUUUCCCGACUGGUGUUGAUGAAUAAUUCCAUCAGUCGUUUGUCUGCCAGGGAUCUUGAAAGCUAUGACCUCCAAUUUAUGCGAUUGGGAGACAACCUUCUGGAGAUGAUAGAUGGCAACGCCUUAAACGAACAACGCAACUUGACAAAACUCAUGCUGGGAGGCAACAAACUGCUGGAUCUCCAUGCUAGCACCUUUAAGGGACUGGAACGUUUGCGUUGGCUCCUUUUAGAUCGCAACCAGUUGAGCAACACAAGCAUGGAAGUUUUCCGUCCACUGACAUCGUUAUCCUGGCUGGACAUGUCGCAUAACCAAUUGACUCUGGGUCCGGACAACUUCUUCCCACAAAUGGAAUCGCUGAAGGAUCUUUUUCUGAAUAAUAAUCGGAUUCAGAUAAUUCGAAACAAUACGCUGGCGUCGUUAGUUAACCUACUUCUAUUAGAUUUGAAUCACAAUUUAAUUCGCGAAAUUGAUGAGGAAGCCUUUGUCUGCUUGUCCCAGUUGAAUUUUCUAGAUCUGUCCAAUAACAUGCUGGAGUACGUGCCUGAAAGUUUGUUCCGGUUUCAACAGAACUUGACGCAGCUCCGUCUAGGAUUCAACCCCAUCCAUCAUGUUCCAGCUGGACUUUUUCUUCCUCUUGCCAAUCUUAGAUCACUGCGGCUGCAAGAUAUUAAUAUUCCGGAAAUCAACAAGAAAAUGUUUACCUCUUUGACUCAGCUUGAUUUCGCGUACUUUAAGAACUUCCUCUACUGUUCGUAUGUCACCCACGCCAAGAAAUGUCAACCCCUUUCUGAUGGAGUGUCGUCAUUUCUGGACCUGAUUUCACACAGUGCCCAUCGCGGCUUCCUCUGGAUUAUCGCCAUUUUGACCAUCGUUGGCAAUGCUCUUGUCCUGGGCGGCCGUAACUUGGCCAAAACAGAGAACAGAAUUCUGGCCAUGUUUGUUAAAAACCUGGCAGCGGCAGACAUGUGCAUCGGAAUCUACCUGCUGUGUAUAGGCGAACGAGAUAUCAGCUUCCGCGGCCAGUACAAUCAGCAUGCGCAUCAGUGGAUGAUGUCAUGGCAGUGCACAGUCAUCCGCGUUCUAGCCGUCUCGACAUCCGAGGUAUCGCUGCUGUUGCUGACGUUUAUGUCUGUUGAGCGCUUUGUAUCCAUAUCCCAACCGUUUGGUGAGCGGACCCUCAACUUCCGUGCAGCUUUUAUCAGCACGGCUCUCAUUUGGCUAGUAGGUGGAGCUCUGGCUCUCAUCCCAGUGCUCUAUUGGAGUGAAAUGGGUAGUCAUCACGGCAGCAACGGUCUCUGCUUCCCUCUGCACAUUCAUGAACCGUCAGCUCUCGGCUGGCAGUAUUCUGCCUUUCUCUAUAUCGGCAUCAAUGGCUCAUGCGUCCUAGUGAUAGUAGGCGUGUACACAGCACUUUUCGUCAGCAUCAGACGGACGAGAACAGCCACGCCGCUGGCGCCCAACGAAAUCGAAAUAGCCGUCCGUUUCUUUUUCAUCGUCUUCACCGACUGUCUCUGCUGGAUGCCUACCAUCGUUUUGAAAAUCAUGGCGCUCGCCAAUGUCUACAUUCCGGCAGAUCUCUACGCCUGGCUGGUCGUUUUCAUCUUGCCAGUCAACUCGGCCAUUAAUCCUCUUUUAUAUACGUUCACUACACCGACAUUUCGUGCGGCCGUUCGCGAUUUUUAUCACCGGUUUACUGUUUUACGAUCGGAUUGGACCAGCGGUGCCACCAGCAGCAUCGGUCUCACAACUGUGGGCCGUGGCGUCCGGUCUAGCAUCAGUUUCCGCAACAAUGACUUUAAUCAAUCAUCCGCACAAGCCAAUCAUCAGCCAUCAGUGACGGAGGAAAUCGGUCGACCGCAUAUCGAUAUGGUAUUAUUAGACAUCAGAGCUGAAACAGUUGUCCGUCAGCAAGUGAAAAACAAAUCUCUUUGGAGGAGCGGAACGAAACCUGUCAACCGUUUCAUCGGCGUAGAAUCGCUGUAGGGACGGCUUGAAAGAGCGUUGCUGCCAGUAUACAAUCAAGCCCUUCAACGUUGGUCUGUAAAUAUACGUAAAAUAUUUUUCAGCAGUGUGCAUGCAUGUGCGUGAAAAUUGUAAUACUCCGCCCUCUUCGUGUGUAUUUUGUGGACGAAAUCAGCAGCUAUAAACAUUGAUUUUGCUCGGUUGAAAAACUACCCGCUUUGAACAGUGCUCCGGAUCUCUGUUUCUGUCUCAAUGUCACCGUCAUCACAGAUAUCAUGUACAGUAGUAAUAGUCUAUUAUGUAUUCCAUCAGGGUGGAAUAAUUGAUUGGCUUUUGGCUGAUGACAACAAUCCUCUGGCGACCGCAAGAACGACGUUUGCCAAAUGGAUCCCGAGAGAACACUAACUCUUAUGCGUAUUUUUGUUGGUUUUUUUCCUUCUCUCUCUCUCUCUUUAUUUUGUAUAUAUAUAUAAUUUUUUUUUUUCUUU